AUGAGGAUAAAGAGAAUAACAUCUGAUGGGAAAUGGUGCGUUGCAUGUUUUGUUGAUGAUCAUAACCACGGUCUUGAUAGGAAUAUGUCGGAUGUUGAUAUAGCUCACAUUAAUAACUUGAGGGAGGUGGGAAUUAGCAUUCCAAAGGUGUAUCAGUCAUUUGCGAUGCAGGUUGGAGGGUUCAACUUAGUCAGGUUUACGAAGCAAGACAUGCUCAAUGAGGUCCGCAAGCAACGUGCACUGCAGGAAGGGGAUGUUAAUGCUACGCUGUGGUUUUUCGAGUGUGUUGCAAGGGAUGACGAGAGACUCUUUUGGAGAUACGAAGUUGGUGAUGGUGAUCAGAUGUGUGAUAUGAUAUGGAGUGACGGGCGCAGUCAAGAAGAUUACUAG